AUGGGAAGAGUUUUUAUCGUUGAUCUGGAAGGGAGAGUCUAUAGUUGCAUACACUGUAAAACCCAUCUUACUAAAGAUCAAGACAUCAUGUCCAAGUCUUUUAAAAGCAGGCAUGGACAAGCUUAUCUCUUCAAUGAAGUUGUAAACGUUUCAACUGGAAAUAAAGAGGACAGAAUGAUGAUAACAGGACUUCAUACUGUAACUGACAUCUUCUGUGUUGGUUGUGGAUUAAACGUUGGCUGGAAAUACGUGACUGCCCAUGAUAUGAGACAGAAGUACAAGGAAGGCAAAUCUGUUCUUGAACUGUAUAAGAUUGUGGGUCCUCAUGAUAGCACUGACUUGGUUUGUCAACAAGUUUCUCAGCUUAUGAUUCAAUAA